ACGAACAGUUUUUGUUUGCUAUUCAAAUCCGCUUAUAUGCGUUGAAAAAACGCACCUCCCGCCUUGGGAGUUCCGGUUUACGACGCCACUGAAUGCAGCACCAGCACUCGUUCCUCAGCCCUUGGUGAAACCAAGCUUUAAAACGUUUUGGUCUAUAGCUGAGAUAUGUUUGUUUUUCCUUACCAUCUGUAAGAUUAUUUUCACUCCCAAUGACGGUCGACGGUGAAUCUUUGCGAGCGGACAGGGCUCAGUUUGACGAAGCUCAAAAAAGUACGUGGGGAAGUUCCCUAGGAAAUCCCCCUAGACUGUUCGGGGAUAUUAUUCUCGACACUGAUGCGCCACAUCUCCGACACAAUUGAGCUCCUCGGACCAUUUCUGGAGACGCGAGGUUCGGAGCACAGGCGGCAAAUGCUGGAUUACUAAAAGACACUUUUUUAUUCUGUAAAAAUCUACUAAGCCUGCAAUGGAUAGCGUUAGUCUAAACACGGAUAACGACAUGCUGAAAGACAAACUCCGUAGUUACAGCACCCUGAAUACUCUUUAUCACGAGACUCGACAGGAAAUCGACCUUCUGAACAAACAGAUCUAUGUAAAGGACAAUAUUAUUGCAGAUUUAAAAGCGAGGCUCGGGAGGUAUGAGAGGCUCAACAUCACAGUGGGAGAUAACGAGUCUAUGGUCAUCGGGCCGUCCAAGUCUUUGGUGGAGAGCUUGUGUAAAGAAAUAUACAAACUGAAACAGAAGAGGAACGACAUGGAGUUCAAAGCAUCACGACAAGAAGAGGAGACCCAGAGGCUGAAGGUGCAGCUCAGAGAGAAGGAGCUGGAGCUGGAGAGCGUCAGGUGUCAGCCGGACCACGAGAAGGACCGGGAGAUCCACAGGCUGCGGUCUGCCUUGGAGGACAGGGAGCGAUGCGAGGCUACUAGAGCCGUCCUUUGCACCUCCCUGGCGGAGGAGGCUGAUCAGCUCCGCGGCCAGCUUGGUGCAACCGUGAAGGUGUGCCAGGAUCUGCUGGGAAGGCUGGAGAAAGAGAAGAAGGGGGGAGAAGUGGAGCAGAUGGUUAAGCAACCGAAGUCUAAAGAGACAUCGGAGUCUUUUGACAUGAGCGGUGUUAAUGCCCAAAUCCAUCAGCUUCAGGAGGAGAAUAAACAGCUAAAGCAGCGAGUGACAUAUGUCCAAGGAUUGAAUACUCAGUGGCAAAAGUAUGACUCCAGCAGGGAGGACUACAUCAGAGGUUUAUGUCAGCGGCUGAAGGAGACCACUGGGCAGGGCUUGAUGCCUGGUCUGGGUUCUGUCAGCACUGGAUUGCUUCAUCAGGAGAUUUCCAGGCUCAAUGGCUUAUUGGAGGAGAAGAUGAGCCAAUGUGUGAGGCUGAGUAGAGAAGUGGAUGAGAUAAAGAGGCAAGACCAAGAGCACAUCCAGACAUUGGAGCAGCAGGUCCUUAUCUACAGGGAUGACUUUAAGUCGGAGCGCACUGACAGAGAGCGAGCACAGGGCCAAAUCCAAGACUUGAAGGAGCAGGUUUAUCAGUUAAAACAGCAGCUACACAAACAGGGAGCUAGCAGAGAGAACAGAGAUGUGGUUCCUUUGUGUCGUGUGCACAUAGGACACAGAGUGUCUUCAAGACGACACAAGGACCCUGCAGAGCAUCUACUGAGGACAACUGCUGAGACACAGCAACAGCCUGCAGCUGCAGCAGCAUCACCAAAUCCUGCCUGGAGCGAAAGCGCUGGCCUGUCAGAGUUACAGUGCCCACAAUGCCAUGCUAAGUUCAAUGACGCGGAUGCUAUAGAAUACCUGAACCAUUGGGAGGAGUGUGCCAAACUAUAAAAGGAAUACCACACGUUUUGAAAAGGACAAUUUUCCUCUCGCUGACAGUAACUGAACACUGACGAGCAUCACUACAUGGCAGAAAAUUACUUGAGUGGAGUUUCCAAUUUGGAGGCUUGACUACAAAUUAAACAACUGACUUAUGAUGUUUUGUACAUGAUGAAGCAAAACUGUAUAACCCUGUUGCAAGAGCAGCAACUUAUUCAAGCCUUUCUAGGUCUGUGUAGUUAAAAAUCCAGUGUUCUGAGUGUUCUCUUGUAGCAAUGCAGGACGUUAUUGUGGUGGGGGAAGAGGAUGUCGAUGCAAUAUAUCAUAUACCUCAGUGUGUCAAAUUACAAGCCUGUUGCACUUUCAUUUAGCCAAAAACUAAUCGUAAUAUUGUAUGGUUAAGAAUAAUGAUGCAUAAGCUUAUUUUGGAUCUAGAUAUCUAGGUGAUAAUGUGGUGCUAUUAGUUUUUUUUUUUUAUUGAAAUGUAUUUCUGCCAUAUGAAUUGUAUAUUAACAGAAUUAAAAUAUAGAUAUAUAUAUGUAAAACAAAUUUUAGUAUUUAUUCUUUUUGCAGAUAUAAUUGGGAAAAGCUGUUUCGUUUUUAGUACAGUGUAGUGCUGCCGUUUUUUUAAACCAAAGCCAUGAAUUUUUAUUUUUCCUGGUACAUAAAUUUUGAACUACAUUACAACUGGAAAAAUGCUUGCUAUCCACGUUUGGAAGUUGAUAUAAAUAUUGCAUCCCAACUGACAACAUGCUUGUUUUUGGAGAUCUAGUGCUUUUUCUUUCUUGAGCUGGCACAUUAUUUUUGUAAUAAAAGAGUUUGUCCACA